AUGGCAGCCAGAACCGGGGCUCAGCGCUUCGUGAAAUACACACUCGAACCCCAAGGCAUAUAUGCCAGAAUCAAGCGCUUCCUCGCCAUCGACCCCGGCCGGUCUUCGGGUAUCCCACUGAACGUUUCAUACCGCAACCCAGCUCCCGCAGGUGUCGAUCCUAUGGCCUACGACGACCCUGUUACCAUGCCAGCUGCUGAUAUCGCUGAGAACCCAUACUGGAAGCGCGACGUGCGACGCCGCUACCCGCAGCUCUCAACCGUUACCCAGGCUGAUGCUGUAGCGUUGCUGGAACUUGGAAGCGCGGCGGCGCCGAAGCAGGAAUUGGUCGGCGAGGCAGGCUCGAAGCAGCUGGUCGCUGCGCAAGAGGAGGGUGUGAAGGGCUUGGCUGUGGCUUUCGAGAAGAACACUGGGCUUGCGAAAGAUGUGCUGGGACCCGGUGGAAUGCCUCCGCUGCCGAGUGGCAUGAGCAGCGCCGCGCUAGGAGAGAAGCGAUAUGAGAUCGACUCAACACACGGUUUUCCCGAGCAGUAA